UCUCUAGGCAGAUCAUGAGCCAUCGGCUCCCCUGGGGCCAGCUGUAGGGACAACACAACUCUCACCAGGACAAGCGCACCGGGCACCAUGGGACAGUGUCGGUCAGCCAAUGCUGAGGAUGCGCAGGAAUUCAGCGAUGUGGAGAGGGCCAUUGAGACCCUCAUCAAGAACUUCCACCAGUACUCUGUGGAGGGUGGGAAGGAGACGCUGACUGCCUCCGAACUACAGGACCUGGUCACCCAGCAGCUGCCCCACCUCAUGCCGAGCAACUGUGGGCUGGAAGAGAAAAUUGCCAACUUGGGCAGCUGUAACGAUUCUAAACUGGAGUUUGGGAGUUUCUGGGAGCUGAUUGGAGAAGCAGCCAGGAGCGUGAAGCUGGAGAGCCCUGUCCGGGGCAGCUGAGAACAUUUUCCUGGAAUUCUUGAGGGGAUGUUGGGGUCUAGAAAUAAAAGUCCUCUCCACCUGCACCACAUGAUUCCCCCAUCUGCACCUGCCUCACCUCUGCAAGGUUCAAGGCCUCAGUGACCCUCCCCAGGG